AAGGAGAAGGCGACUGACGAUCGUGUUUGAUUGGUGAUGCCUGCUGCGCUCGCAUCGAUGCGCUCCAAACCGGCUGCUCCUGUCUGUCCGGCGGCUCAUGGCGCUGCUCUGUGAGUUGCUGUUGUGACACAAUAGAAGUGUGUAUCGUUAUCUAGCUCUGCAUCCUUGCGUCUGAGCCGGAGAGAGCAUGGGCCGUCGCUCGUCAGACAGCGAGGACGACAGCCGCAGCAGGAGGAAGAGGAGGCAGAGAGGCCGUUCCUCCUCGUCCAGCUCCUCUACCAGCAGAGUGACCAGCCGCAGCAAGCGCUCCAGCAGACGCACGCGCUCCAGAGACCGGAACAGGAGGCACAGAAACCGCUCCAACAGCAGCUCCUCCAGAGGGUCGAGUCACAGGAGGCGGAGCCGGAGCACAGACAGGGGGCGGGGCCACAGGUCCCACAGGUCUCGGUCCCGCAGCCGCAAUAGAAGGUCUCGCUCGCAUCACCGAAGGUCUCGCAGUCGCAGCAGAGAUCGAGAUCGUGGUCAGCGCCGAACCCGAGACCGAGAGAGAGACCGGACACGGGACAGAGCUAAAGACAAAGAGACGGACAAAGCCAAAGACAAAGACAAAGAAAAACAAAGGGAAACAGGAAACAUCAAAGCUGGAUUAGAACAUCUGACUCCUGCAGAACAGGCCAAAGCUCGACUCCAGCUGGUGCUUCAGGCUGCAGCUAAAACCGAUGAAACACUGAAAGCAAAGGAGAGUAUGAAAGAAGACAAGACAAAGGAGAAAGAGGAAAUGUCUCUCGCCGAGCAGGUGAGGAGGAUAAAGGAUAUCGAGGCCAUUGAGAGCGACUCCUUUGUUCCUCAGGCUUUCAAAUCAUCUCGGGAUGGCACCAAGGUGACUGAUGUUUCAGAGAUCAAGAAAGAGGCAGAGGCUAUAAAAGAGGAAGUUGCCCUUCUGCCCACCUCCAUCAUGUACAAUGACAGCAACGCUCUGGCUCACCCUAACCUCUUCAUGGAUAAAGAGGAGGCAGAGAGCUUGUGGUUGAACAGACUGAACUCUCUGCGUCAGGAGAGGCUCAUGGGGAGUCCGGUGUCCUGACCAGAUCCAGCUUCCUCAGAGCUGUGGACUCGCUCUAGUUCUCCGUCAUUCCAGCGCAUCGCAGAAAGGAGCUAGUGCUCCACCUGCUGGUUUCUAUGGGAAACAUGAUUUCAAAUUACAUUUCAGCAUGUGUUUUUUCAGAUUUUUUGAUUGUUUAUUUUACAUUAUACUAACAUAGAUAAUAGAUGAUAAUGGGAAUAUUAAGGUUUUAGGAGUGAUUUACACAAAAGUUGUCCCCUUUUUAAGUUUGAGCAGACAUCCUUCUCAUCAACAUGAAUGACAGUUGUAUUUAGUGUGUGUUGGGGAUUUGUUGUUGCUGUUGUUAUUCUUUUUUUUUCAAAAUAAACAAUUGUUGUAAAUCUUGUUUAAAA